AUGAAUGUUGGAUUCUAUAUUCCUCUCUCAGACAUCAACGAACUUAAAAAGAAGAUUGAAGAACUUGAAAUUGAAAUAAAAGGAGACCGAGAAACGUUUUUAGUUAAAUUUAAUCAAGAUAUUCGAAAACAAAUUUACAAAAGAUCAUUUGAAACUGAUGUUCAGGUAUUCCCGUAUACAGGAACCGGAAAAAUGCAUAUGUAUAAAGCCUACCUAGAAGACUUAGACGCAAUAAAGGCUGAAAUGCGCAGAAGUCUGUUGAAUAAGAAUAUUGGAAGAAAAACAAAGGAAAUAGAAGAAGACAACGAUGAUCACCAAGACAGAACUUACUGGAAUACAGAAUUUCCGGAACAUGUUCCUGAAUUUACAAGAAAUAUUAUACAUACUAUUAUGGAAAACAUUUGUAGAAAAGAUAAAAGAGGUUAUAGAUAUGGAGGUGAAAGUGAAUUGGUAGAUUUGGCAUUCUUAAUACAUAGCAAAUCACCAGCAGCAUAUGAUGUUCUCUUGGAAUUUUGUUUACCUUUUCCUACGCCUGUAACAUUGUACAAUAGGUUUCAUGAAGACAUAAUGAAUAUGAAACAGUUUGUUAAACAUGCUGAGCUCAUUCCGCGAAUGUUAGAAAGCAUGAACUAUCACGUAGAAAAUACACCUGAAUAUGAAUGGGCAAUAGCAAUAGAUGCAGUUGCACUCUCUACCUGGUCCUCUAAAGACCAAAAAGGUCCUGUUGAUGAAAAUGGAGAAGAAAUCAAAUACUUAUUCAUAUUUCUUGGUAUGCCCCUAAAUUUUGAUGCGCCAAAUGUUAUAUUACAUGUUAUAGAACAUGCCAAUGGGUUUGCAAGUGGAAUUAUCCACGAAAUUGAUGCAGCAAUCGAAGAAAUACGAAAGCACUUAAGAGUUAGAGUCAUCAUUACUGAUGGAGAUCCCGGAUAUGAUAAGCAUCAAGAUGAAUUUAUUAAUGAAAUUUUGCAAGGUAAUGAUCCCGAAGAAAUAUUUAAAAGAGCUACUGCUAUCUUAAAGAAAGGAGAUCAAGUUGUAUGGAUUAAUGAUCUCAUACAUAUGUCAAAACUUGAACGUACCAGAUUACUCGAUGCAACACUUAAGCUUUUAGUUCAUCCAUCUGAUCUGAAUACAAUUGUUGAUGUUAACAAGAUCAGAGAUGCAAUCGAAUUAGGUGAUGCUCUUAAUGAUACUUCACCUCUGGGAAGGAUAAAAGAUAAAUAUCCGAUCACAAUAUUUUCAAUUAGAGCUGUAAAGGCGCUUCUAGAAAAAAACUAUUAUAAUGAAGCAUUAUUCAUAGCUCCACUUGCAUUCUGGUAUGAAAGCAUACGAAAUGAGGCAUUUAAUGCUGACACAAGAUGUCAAAUGAUGUGGUUUGCAUAUCUGCUCUUGGUACAUCAUUGCAUUCAAAUGAGAGACCGUCACAUUAAGACAAAUCUUGGUGUUGUCAAAAUAGACGGAAACAUUUAUCCGGUCUAUUAUAUGGGAACUUGGGAAGUUGUAAAGCAUCUUACAGCAACAAUCAUUUGUUUCCAAUAUUUUUUCAGUAUUAAUUCAACAUUUUUCAAUUUUUCUCAUUUGACAACCAUGACGGAAGAACAUUUGAAUGGUUUACUUCGCGUCAUGGCUCAUUUUAAGUAUGAUUUGUCAACAACCGAAACAUCUAUUGCAGAAUGUAAUUUAACACUCAAAAUUCAUAAAAAAUACGAUAUUGACUGGAAAACCCAUUCACGUGACUAUCAAGCUGGUAUUACAUUUGAAGACAUUUACACAAUGCGUCAAGAUUCACGUCAAUAUGAAAUGUGCAAAGAAUAUGCAUAUGCCUUGUUAUCCAAAUGUGGAUUUAGAUAUAAUAGUAAUUCCAGCGUUGAUGUAUUGCUUAGUUGGGUGAAUGAAAUUAAUCAAUUUCACUCAAAAAUUUUAAUGUCAACACAUAUAUCAAAUCCAAUUUCAGGUUAUAGUAUUUUUUCACGUUUAUCUGUCAAAAAAGAUGUUUUUGACAACCCAACCAAAAAAAAUCACGCAAGAAAGGAUUAA